ACGCGGCAAAGUCGUCGGCAAUGCUUUUCGCCUUUAUGGUGGUGUUUGAAUUUUGAAUGAAUGAGUGGAAUGGUUGUGAUUUGCUCCUAAGCAUUUCUCUGAAGCUCCACUUUCGUUCUCUGGGAACAAAGAAGUUUCAUCUCUUCCAUGUCUCUCUCAGGUGGCGAUGAUGACAUGGAAAUGGACUUUCUCCGUGAUCGGUACCAGGACAGCAGAAACUUUGAAGUUUUUCUGAGUUUCAGAGGGGAAGACACGCGCUUUUCUUUCACUUCGCAUCUCUAUACCGCUCUUCAGAAUGCAGGAAUCGUGGUUUUCAAGGAUGACGAGGCACUUCCACGGGGAAAUCAAAUUUCACCCUCUCUGCGGCUAGCGAUCGAAGAGUCUCGAAUUUCUGUUGUUGUUUUCUCGAAAAAUUAUGCAGAGUCGUGGUGGUGUUUGAAAGAGUUAGAGAAAAUAAUGGAGUGUCACAGAACCAUAGGGCAAGUGGUGAUACCAGUGUUCUAUGACGUUGAUCCCUCUGAAGUGCGUCAUCAAAGAGGCGACUUUGGGAAAGCAUUUCAACGCCUUUUGAACAAGGUUUCGAUAGAGGAAGAGGAAAAAGUGCUGGAUUGGAAGCUGCGUUGGAGGACGACACUUGGUGAGACUAGUGGCAUCUCAGCGGUUGAAAUCCUAAAUUUCAGCUUUGAAAGGGUAGACGAACACGUAGAGCGUUGGAAAGAGGCACUUUCAGAGGUUGCUCAGAUCUCAGGGGUUGUAGACUUAGAUCCAAGGAUAAACUUCCUCGUGAAGCAGUGGGUGGAGGGACUUUGUAAGGGUGCUGAAAUCCCAAUUAGAGAAAUGGAGAUUGAUGAUAAGAUGGACUUCCUCUUGAAGCAAUGGAGGGUAUUUUGCAAGCCUGUUUGCAUGCUAGAGGUUGCAUUCUUUGAUCCAAGUGGAGACAUGGAGAUUUCUGAUGUGAUAGAAUUCAACGUGAAGCGUUGUAGGGAGGCACUUUUUAAGGCUGCUGGCAUCUCAGGGGGCGCGAUCUUGAAUUCUUGCGAAGAAAUGGAGAUUAGUGAUGCGAUAAAACUCCACAUAAAAUAUUGGAGUGAAGCAUUUUCUGAGAAAGCUGGUGCGAUUGAUUAUUUUAGUUUUGAUGAGGGAACGAUUGAUUGUGAGAUAUCGAACCUCGAGAACCAUUGGAGGGAGAAACUUUGUGAAGCUUAUGGUAUAUCAAUGGAUAAAGACUUACAAUGGAGAUAUGUUUUGAAGAUUUGGAUGAAGGCACUUUAUGGCAUCUCAAAAGAUGCAGUCUAUACACCGAGUGUUCAAAAGCUGAAGGCUUACAAUCGGAUAGAGAGCCUUGUGAAACAUUGGAGGAUCGCACUCUCUGAAGCUGUUAGCAUCUCGAGGUUGGUAGUUCAGCACUACAGGGGAAUAACGGAUAAUGAGAUCAACUACAUCGAGAAGCGUGCUAGGGACACAUUUCGUGAGGCUGCUGGCAUCUCCGCGGUUGUUAUCCUCAAUUCUAGGAAUGAAAGCGAGGCUGUAAAAAAUAUUGUUAAAAAUGUUACAAGUUUGUUGGAUAAGACAGAGUUGUUUGUUGCCAACAAUCCCGUCGGAGUAGAAUCUCGAGUGCAAGAAAUGGUUCAAUUGCUAGAACAAAAACAAUCAAACAAUGUUCUGCUACUUGGGGUAUGGGGGAUGGGAGGCAUUGGUAAAACAACUAUUGCAAAAGCAAUUUACAAUAAGAUUGGCCGCAAUUUUCAGGGAAGGAGUUUCCUUGCAGAUAUUAGGGAGGUUUGGGGACAAGAAGCUGGCCCCAUUUGUUUACAAGAACGACUUCUAUUUGAUAUCCACCAAGAAAACAAUACAAAGAUACAUAACAUUGAAUCAGGAAAAAUCAUAUUAAGAGAAAGACUUCACCGUAAAAGGAUACUUCUUAUACUUGAUGAUGUAAAUAAGUUACAACAAUUAAAUGCUUUGUGUGGAAAUCAUGAAUGGUUUGGUUCAGGGAGUAGAAUAAUCAUCACAACCAGAGACAUACAUUUACUUAGAGGGAAAAGAGUUGACCAAGUUUUCGCAAUGACAGGAAUGGAUGUAGAUGAAUCUAUUGAGCUUUUUAGUUGGCAUGCAUUCAAGCAAGCAAGUCCAAAAGAAGAUUUUAUUGAACUUUCAAGAAAUGUAGUUGCUUAUGCUGGGGGAUUGCCACUUGCUCUUGAAGUCCUUGGGUCUUAUUUAUUUGAUAUGGAGGUUAAAGAGUGGAAGAUUGUAUUGGAAAAACUCAGGAAAAUUCCUAAUGAUGAAGUACAAGAGAAGUUAAAAAUAAGUUAUGAUGGUUUAAGUGAUGAUACUGAGAAAGGAAUAUUUCUUGAUAUAGCAUGUUUCUUCAUAGGAAAGGAUCGAAAUGAUGUUAUACAUAUAUUGAAUGGUUGUGGACUUUUCGCAGAAAAUGGAAUACGUGUCUUGGUAGAGCGAAGUCUUGUAACUGUGGAUGAUAAGAACCGAAUUGGAAUGCAUGAUUUGCUACGGGACAUGGGAAGGGAAAUUAUUCGUUCAAAAUCACCAAUGGAGCUUGAGGAGCGUAGUAGGCUAUGGUUUCAUGAGGAUGUGCUUGAUGUGUUAUCAAAAGAAACCGGAACAAAAUUUAUUGAGGGAUUGACUUUGAAGCUACCAAGAAGUAAUACAAAAUCUCUAAGCACUAAAGCUUUUAUGAACAUGAAGAAACUCAGGUUGCUCCAACUUUCUGGUGUAGAACUUGUUGGAGAUUUUGAAUAUCUUUCCAAAGAUCUUAGAUGGCUUUGCUGGGAUGGAUUUCCUUUUUCCUUCAUACCAGCAAGCUUUUAUCAAGGAAGUCUAGUUUCUAUUGAGUUAGAAAACAGUAAGAUUACCAUGGUUUGGAAAGGGACUCAGCUGAUGGAGAAGUUGAAAAUUCUUAAUCUUAGCCAUUCUCAUUAUUUAACAAAAACUCCAGACUUUCUAAAUUUGCCUAAUCUUGAAAAGCUUGUAUUCAUGGAUUGUCCAAGGCUGUCUGAAGUUUCAUAUACCAUUGGUCAUCUCACUAAACUUCUACUAAUAAACUUUCAAGAUUGUAUUAGCCUUCGUAACCUUCCAAGAAGUAUCUAUAAGUUGAAAUCUCUUAAAACACUCAUUCUUUCCGGUUGUCUAAAGAUUGAUAAGUUGGAAGAGGACAUAGAACAGAUGGAGUCUUUGACAACCCUUGUUGCUGAUAACACUGCUAUAGCAAGGUUGCCUUUUUCAAUAGUUAGAUCAAAAAGUAUUGGAUAUAUCUCACUAUGUGGUUAUGAAGGAUUUUCACGCGAUGUGUUUCCCUCUAUCAUUUGGUCUUGGAUGUCUCCGGUAAAUAGUCUCUCUUCUCGUGUUCAUACAUUCGUGGACAUGUCUUCUCUUGUUUCUUUAGAUGUACAAAAUAGCAGUUCCAAUCAGCUAUCUUAUAUAUCUGAGGAGUUUCCAAAGCUUCGAAGUCUUUGGAUAGAGUGUGGGUCAGAUCUUCAACUUUCUCGAGAUACAACGAGUAUUUUGGAUGCCUUAAAUGCGACAAAUUAUGAAGAAUCUGAGUCAUCUGCAACAGCAUCACAAAUGCAGAAUGUAUUUACAUUAAUUGAAUGCAACUCAAGAUCAAAAUUGUUUGAGAAGACACUUUUAAUUCAAAUGGGAAGGAGUUGGGAAAUCACACAUAUUCUGAAACAGAGAAUUUUACAGAAUAUGACUACGAGUGAUGACGGUCAUUGUUUGCUACCUGGAGAUUGUUAUCCAGAUUGGUUAACCUUCAACAGCGAAGGCUCUUCUGUGACUUUUGAUAUUCCCCAAGUAAAUGGGCGUAACUUGAAGACAAUGAUGUGCCAUAUCCAUUAUUCUUCCUCUGACAAUAUAACAUCAGAUGGCCUGAAAAAUUUGUUGGUGAUAAAUCACACAAAGAGCACCAUUCAGCUUUAUAAGAGACAUGCAUUAGCGUCGUUUGAUGAUGAGGAAUGGCAGAGAGUACUAUCAAACAUUGAGGCUGGAAACAAGGUGCAAUUUGUUGUUGUUUUCUGGAGCAGAUUAACUGUCAUCAAGACGUCAAUUUAUCUUAUAUACGAGGCAAUUAAUGAAAAAGAAGAGCACUACCAUGCACCAAAUAUGACUAUUCCUAGUUAUGAAUCUUCAUGUGCUGUUGGGUCGAUCUCUCCUCCAGUGGAAUCCAUGGAGGACUUAAGGGGUGCUUCCGUAAAAAGCUUAACUAAACGCUUAUUGAAUAAAUUCUUCUCAUGUAAAGGAAAAGUGGAAAAGAAGAAAAAUGAAGGUUAAAAAGAUGGUGAACGAAUGUUAGGUUAAAGUUGUUUAUUAUGGUGACUGCAAACCUUCUACAACAACCUAAGAGUUAUUGAUGAUUUGUCCACAAACUUGCACCCGUCUUUUAUUCACUUUUGAGCCUUAUUUUGUUACAAUACAUUUAUAUUAUAAUAUUUUGAAAUGCUAAA